AUGACAUAUCAUUUUAAACCAUUGCAACAAUCCAUUGCAGCCAAAGUACGAAUUGGAAUAAAAAAUAUUGAAGCAAAUAUUAUACCUGUUGUAGUUACAGUAGUCAACUAUUUAACAACUGGGCAGAUGAGGAUUAAAUGUCGUUAUUGUAAUGUGACUGUGCAGACGAGGAAGGAAUAUUCAAAACAUCUUGAAAUGCACGAGAAAUAUAACUUCACUUGUCCCGAAUGUGGCAAGACAUUCUAUUCCCUAAGGAGAUUUCGAGAGCAUAAAGAAGUGCAUCAACCUAAACACCAAUGUGCAAUGUGUAAUAGGUCCUUUUCUUACAAGACUGGACUACGACAACACCAACGACAAUUUCACAGAGGCAGUGAAGUGGCAAUUCAAAAAUCAAAAGUGUUUAUUCUUUUCAUUCAAUUGCGUGAAGUGGAAAAUAAAAGCAGCAAUUUAUCUAAAAUCGAAGCUGUUCUUGCCCGUACUAAGAAAUUCGCAACUACCAUUACUACCGUUAUACUAGUUCCAUCAGAU